AUGGCGUUCAGAGAUCCUCAAGGCUUUUCCUCUGCCCCUAAGAACGACCCACAGGCUCAAAGCACGUCACCAUUUUCAUCGCCGCUUCCGACAAGCCCAAUGGUGCCCUCGCAAAACCCAGAUUUCAUCACAAGUGGUAAGUCGGCGGGUUGCGGAGAGAGAAACAUCCAGGAGGACACACACAGUAAACCAGCUCACACUCACACCCACAGACACGGGGAGCCGGGCCCCAGAGCUCACCGCGCUGCCUGGAAGCCCGAGGCGCUGUCAGACUUCCUGGGUGUCCCCUACCAGGACACAGCGACAUCCGCGAGGUGCGCCCAGGAGAGAGAGACGACGGACUGGAGGCAUCAACGCACCGAGCACGCCGGGGUCAGGAGGUACCAGCAGCAGCAGCGAGAUGGGAAUAAAGGGAGGUCGGCGUACCACAGCACGAAGAUGGGGCUGUCUUCAUUGGAGGACGACACACGGGCUCAGGAGUCGGAGACCACGUUUACGUCUGUGAAUCAGGAUCUGCACCAUCCUCCUCCUCCUCAUCCUCAUUAUCAUUCUCAUAGUCAUCGGGUAGAGUCAGAAGUUGGCCGUUUUGACAGAACAUCACCCAAUAGUGGAGCGUUUGAACGUGCUAACCUUUCUGUGCUGGUAGGUAAUGGCGGUCCUUACAGGUCGCAUCAGUACCAUCGAUCGUACUCCACACCAGGAGGUCUCGAUCUGCAUGAGAAGCGUGUGCCAGUAGAUAGACAGAUCGAAGCAGAUCCAGCCUCACGAUGUUCUAGCGAGCUGCACGAAUCGACGUCUGCAAAUGCUUACGCAACCAUAGCAGAGCUAGAGCGGCGUUCGUCUGCCCGGGUUGAAGCAGCGCUGGAUGACGUUAGCAGCAAUAACGCCAAAGAUGGGAGUCCCAUAGUGAUCAUUCUCUGCGACAAGAACUCGCUCCCACCCCAUGUAGACGCGGCCCAGGUGAGAUCAAUGAUUCAAUGUUCGGAUGUUGAGCCGAGUGUGAGGUAUAUGGACAACUCUGUCAAGACGAGUCAAGUCGACGAAAGCUCAAAUUUGGUGCAGUUGUUGUUAUCAUCGUCACAGCCCGUAAACAGAGCUCCACGCAAUGAAACUUCUACCUCUGACCAGCAAAUGUUGAAAUUACCGGUGGGAAGUGGCUCGAAAGAACUCGCUAAAACAGCAAACGUGCCUCAAAGGAAGGGUGAUGGUGUCGCUGAGAACAACACUAGUAAACCACAAGACAAAGGCUUGUCGAAAUACGCAAAACAGCCAAACUCGCUGAGUGGGAAUACUGACCAACACGAUGUUGCAGCGGUCACUCCGAAGGGAGACAGAAGAUCUUUGUCCAACAACAAAUCUCUCAGCAAUAAAGGCAACACUAACCAAACGCCGAGCUAUAUGUUUCCCCUAGUGGCUAAAUCAAGUAGGAACAUAUUAGAGAACCCAGAACCUAGAACACAGACAGAACGACAAAGGAGCGAGGAUCACAUGACUCAGGGGCAGCCAUUAUUAAAUCAUGACUCAGCACAGAAGGCUAUGAACUUAGCACAGAGAGAAAUAGGCACGAAUAGCAGCAGCGUACGAGCCCGUGAGUAUAGCAGUGAAAACUCUCCAAGAGAAGACAGGCGCAGAGAAAGAGACACGCCAGUACGUAAUACUCACUCCAGUCGGCAAAAACCUCGCAGCACUGAAAACUCUCCCGGUCAAGAGAUGCGGAGGCCAUAUUUCAAUCUGAAUCCCGCAGCUGAGAGCAACUUCCACGUCCACAACUCGAGGCACAGAACGCCACAAUCAAUCCCCAACAUCGUGCUUCCUCACAGUACAACAGACGGCAACGACACAUUCCUGAGCUUUGGCGACAUUUCCGCUGUGUCGUCCCCAUCUCCUUCCCCGAGGCUGGUGCGAGUGGCGAGGGCCAACAACCCAUUCCUGAUAGAGGCCGAGCCGGCGAGGUUCACAGCUGAGAAAACACGACGUCGCAGUGCGCCGGCCAUGAGGGACGAGAGAAGCCCUCUGGGGAGUCCGAGACUUGGGAAACCGCCGUUUGACAGGUCCACGUCAGGAGGUGAUGUUAUUGGACACGAUCGGGACUACCACAGGCUGCUCGUGGCCUCCCUAGGCAAGUAUUUGACGAGGUCGUUGUCCUACGAGCCGAGAGAUCAUGUUCUGAAUCUACCACAGGGAACGGCGCAUCGCUUAGAGCGCUCUCUAAGGCAAGCCGCAGAUUCUUCAGAUCCUGAACAAGAGCUUCACCAGGAUGAAAGCGCAUUAAGGGCAACAAAGACGCUUGGAUCGGUUCGUGAAGACAUGAGGCAAGCUGCGACGACAAACAUCGCUCUUCCAGAAAGCAAGACGUCCACACCCACUAGCAUCAGCAACAAUAACAACAAAAACAACAACAACAACACGCCUUAUGGUGCUGAUCAUCAUCCUUCGAUAUCCCGAACACCCACGAUUCCAAGAAUAGUUUUACCUGCAGAAGAAGAAGAGGAGGAGGAGGAGGACAGUGAGGAAAUUGACGACAGAUCCGACACAGUGUCGGCGUUAUCGUCCCAGUCUCCCUCCCCACGACUGAGGCGAGUGGCCAGAGCAAACAACCCAUUUCUGAUCGAGGCGGAUCCAGUGAGGUUCAAACCCGAGAAGACCCGCCGCAGCAGCGCGCCCGCCAUGAGGGCCGAGAGGAGUCCUUUCGGGAGUCCGGUGAUGAGAGGCAAACAGCUGAUGUCAAGGUCAACGUCGGGGGGUACGAUCGGCCACUCUCGUGACGACAACAGGCUGCUGUCUGGAACUCUGGACAGACAUUUGUCGAGGUCGUGGUCCUCGGAGUUUUACGACUAUCUUCUGACGGCCAGGGACGUUGGUCGAGAGAUCGACAACGACUCCCUGAACAAGAUCAUCAACGACCGUUACAACGCUCUCUUCAGCGGGAGGUUCGCUGACCUGUCGGCUGAGCUGGCCAUGGAGCGACAUAGUUCCCCGGUCAACUUAUCGCCCAGGCUGGUCAAGCGAAGAGACGCGCACAAGACGUCCAGAAAACUGUCGCCGGACCUUGGGUCGAGUAGCCAGUCAUCGUCGUCAUCGAGAGCUAGUCCGGCUGACAGUAGAGAGGUGGAGGAUACACACGUAGACACGUCCAAGAUAGCCAACAGUAACACACACGUAGAACCGUCCAAGAUAGCCAACAGUAACACACACGUAGAGACGCCCAAGAUAGCCAACAGUAACACACAUAUAGAACGAGAACAACCCACAUCAGCCAACAGCACCACAAAUGUAGAACCAUCAACAACAGCGAACAGCAACACUAACGUAGAACAGUCCACGACAGCUAACAGCAAAAGUGGACAACCCUCCCAAACGACACACGAGUCAACUGAUAGCAAAGCUGACGAUGAAACUGAACGCGACGUGUCUCCAACUGAAAGCAUUUCCAGGGCUAGACAGAAAUUGCGAGAAGACAGAGAUAACGGUGGAAAACCCAAAACAAACGAUUCCAGUCGAACCAGACAUGUUGACAACAACAAAACGAUUGGCCAGUCAAAAACUGAGGAGACUGGUGCCCAGGUACAUUCUACGCUGACGGGGAAAUCACAGCGCCAGGAUCUCACCAGCGGCCUAGAUGGAUUAGACGUUUCGCAAAACGGCGGUCGGAUCCGAUCAAAGAGUGGGCGCCGGGAAGGGACGUAUGAACUACCCACACAGCUACACGCGAAUCCUUCCGCCAAAGCGUACGGGGACUUCCUCAAAGUCCCUUCCUUACGUCUGGACAUACGUAAAGCGUACAUCCCACCCAAACAUCCUACUAGUGCGUCGAAUACCUCAAAACAAACCGGAAAAUUGGAACAGCAGAGCGAUAUCAAAGAGUCUUCUGAACCGUCUGUGAGUGGGAUGGAGUCUGUUCUACAACGUUUGCACGUAGACAGCACUAAGAAAUUACAGGAGAACAAAAAUAGCUCUCCUCUCCGAGCCAAACAGACGUCAUCUCUCCCGGCUCGCCCACCCCUCCCAUCUCUCCCCCCUCUCUCGCCUCUCCCACCAAGUCUUGCCCUUUCCAACUCCCCAGUUGUCAAAGACAAAUAUGGUUCUUCUGAUUACGCACCCGGAAGUUUAUCAGGGGCUACUGGUGGACGUUCCUCAGAGGGUAACACGAGGGGUGACGCAGUGGGUAACAGAGAGGGUGACAGAGAGUGUGACACGAGGGGUGACGUAAAGGAUAACACAGUAGGUGAUAGAGAGGGUGACACGAGGGCUGACGCAGAGAGUGAUAGAGAGGGUAACAGAGAGGGUGAUAGAGAGGGUGACGCAGAGGGUAACAGAGAGGGUGAUAGAGAGGGUGACACGAGGGGUGACACAGUGGGUAAGAGAGAGGGUAACACGAGAGGUGACGCAAAGGGUGACAGAGUAGGUGAUAGAGAAGGUUAUACAGUGAGUGACACAGUGGGUGACAGAGAGGGUGAUACAGUGAGUGACACAGAGGGUGAUACAGUGAGUGACACAGAGGGUGGUACAGUGAGUGUCAGAGAAGGUGACAGAGAGGGUAACACAGAUGGUAGCACGAGGGGUGACGCAAAAGGUGACGCAAAGGGUGACAGAGAGGGUAACACAGAGGGUAACCUCAAUAAACGAAAGGUUGACGACAAGUCGGCUCACUCCUCGCUGCUGGUGAAAAGUGGAACUGAUUCAAACGGCCUCAAGAUGAAACCAGGAAAACUACGAGCUAAUCACUUAUACAUACCCAAGGUUGUUGACUCCCAAUCCGCACUCAAAAUAACGUUUAAUAAAUUGAACCCAUCUGCUUUCCUGUCCACGUCAGCGGGGCGUGAAAUGAAAAAAGCUUAUGAAAGUAAACCUACUGCUGAAGCGGUAGGUCAUAAGUUUAGAACGCCAAAUUUAAAACCUCCUGCUGGCGAAGAAAAACAGCUCAUUCCAACCAUACGAUCAGAAAACCACAUAGGAACCGAGGAAAACUCUCCUACUGAGACCCUGGUUACCUGGCCACAGAGCAGCAGUACAUCGGCUGUAACAAAAGAAAAUCAUUAUGGAGAACAAAUGAGACUAGACCACAGAAAUAAUUCACAUUCUGGGGAAUCAGGAGCACUUUCGUCUCACCGAAAAGAUCCAGAGACAGUCGCUUUCACGAGAGAUAAGCGCGGCAUUGAGAUGUUCCCACCCCCGUCAAUCGACAAGGCUCUGGACUCGGAGAACUUGCUACACAUAAACGACAAAUUUGAGAGCAUGCCACCAAGAAACGACAAAUCUAAGAACAAGCUGCCAAGAAACGACAAAUCUGAGGACAUGCCACACAUAAACGACAAAUCUGAGAAAAGGUUACAUAAAAGCAACAAAUCUGAGCAACAGAGAAACGACAAAUCUGAGAACAUGCUACGUAGAAACCUACAUAGAAACGACAAAUCUGAGAGCAUGCCACCAAGAAACGACAAAUCUGAAAACAUGCUACACAGAAACGACAAAUCUGAGAGCAUGCCACCAAGAAACGACAAAGCUGAGAACAUGCUACACAGAAACGACAAAUCUGAGAACAUGCUACACAGAAACGACAAAUCUGAAAACAUGCUACACAGAAACGACAAAUCUGAAAACAUGCUACACAGAAACGACAAAUCUGAAAACAUGCUACACAGAAACGACAAAUCUGAAAACAUGCUAUACAGAAGCAGCAACAGCUCAAGGGGAGAGAAACAGAAUCUUCCUCGGCACUUCCAAUCUAGCUCUAAUGGAGAAAGCGAAAAGCAAAAAGACGAAAGUGAGAACGGCCCCCGGAACACAACAUCUGCCUUUAGGCCUCAACUGACGAAACAAAACAGCGGAAACUUUCAAGUGUCUGAUGUCUGA